AUGGCUUAUUUCGCAUCAACCCCACCGCCAAACGACUACAUAAAAGCCGACUCACGAAUGUUCUUUUCAUAUCACCCAGAAAAUACCACCUUUCAAUCGGGGUACCUUGGAAUAAGUCCCACCACAAUAUCCGGCACGCUUCACGUUCGAUUUCCGGAAGCCGUCGAAGCGAAGAACGUUAUACUGAAAUUUAUCGGCCGGGAGGCGGUCGAGUGGGUGGAGUUGAAAAAGGUGCGCGCGGAAAAAAUCAUAAUCGACAAGAGUAUUUAUUUGUGGCAGUCGAACACGGAGGUCGGACAUGAAUUGAUUACGGAUUUAGAUUUGCCAUUCGAGUUUGAUGUGCCGAGUAAUGCUUUCGAGUCUUUUAGCGCGGAUUUUGGUAAUGUGAUGUAUACGUUGCGUGCGACUGUUAAUCGUAAACCAAAGAAAAAGAAAACUUGGUGUGAAGUAAAUGUACCAAUUUGGCGAUGGACUAUUCCGGAUGAAGAAGAAUUGAGACCGUUAGUAAUCAAGUCACGUGCGAGACCACGUAAAGUUCCAUUAACAUGGAAGGCUGUUCUCCCACAAACAUUCUUUGACGUCAAUAAAGACAUGCUGAUUAAGUUACAACUCACGGCACACAACCCAGCACUUCGAAUCAAGAAAAUUAGUGCGUAUCUAAAAACUUACGUGAACUAUACCGUGGAUGAUCGUGCAGUGAGUCCCGUGAAUUCCUCCAGACGAUACUCGAAACAUGAAAUCUACGGAAAGGAUAUCAUGAUGACGCCGAUGGGUCCGGACACGAUAUUUGAAGCAAACGUCGUGGUCAAGAUUCCAGGGAAUGUUUCUCCCACCUGUAAGACAAAGUAUAUCACGGUCAAGAAUGAUAUACAGAUUAAGGUUUCAUUUGAGCGGUCGAGUCAUCAUGUGCUUAUUAUGCGGGAAAUUCUUGUGGGCAGAAACUUAUUGGUAGAUCGCUCUGCAGCUCCUAUAAGAGAUUCUUUGAAUUACUCGGAUCUUUUACCGAGUAUACCGAUGGAAAAUUAA